ACCAUCGACGGUCGCUUGCUGGCACUUAUCGGAUCCGAGGCCGACGUCGUCCCUGUCCCACCCUACCCCCCUUUACCCCCUCUCCUAUCACGCGACGGCACAUGAUGCCGUCCGAAAAAGGCAACGUCGUUCCCUUUUCCAACCAGGUUUUUGGGGACAUGUUGCAGUAUUGAUUGACCUGCUGGGACAGGGGGGGUGUUUGUUUGGCAGCUGGACUGCCGCCCGGCAUGUAAGUCGUUAUCUACCGCCCAAAAAAGUUGGUUCGGGUCCUGAUUUCCUGAUUUCGCAAGUAGGGUUAUCUAUCAGUCGCGGGCGGACAUGACCUGUCGCUUUCCCGUCUGAGGCGUGGACAACCUCGUCGCCCGUCCGUCUGCCUUAGGGAUGCGAUUCACGUUGGGGUGUGUGUCGCGGAAUCAAAAAGACGAGACGGACCGGACCAGGCAGGCAGGCCAGGGAGCAGCGUCUUCGCGAAAGGGUGCUGCCUCGUUGUCACAAAGGGCUCAGCUCGCCAUGAGCUAGAGAGGCUUUCCCCAUAGCCUGCGAACACCCGAACAAACCAUUUCAUGGUUCUCUCUCGUCGCCAUCAAAUCGGAGAGGAUCCUUUCGAAAGGGGGGACGGCUUGCGCCAAUAAUGGCAGCAAAAUGCUCAAAGACAUCCAUCCCCUUCCCCAAACCACCACUCCCCGCAUCCUGAUGGCCACCCACCACCGUCUUCGAAUCCAAUCAGAUACCGACAUCACCGGACGCCAUGUGACGCAAGAUUGCAGCUGGACAGACAACGACAGGCAAAUGGGCAACGCUCGCCUUCUACUCGAGAAUGAGGGUUUGACCGCUCCCAUCUCGCCCGAGAGCACGCGCGCGCUCUGCCUUGCUUGCCUUGGUUUCUGCUCCUCGAUAGCGACAUGGGCCGGCACCCUCGCUCCUGGGUGGGAAGGAGACGUCCACCUGCCAGCUACUAAUCUAUGUUGUGCGGCAGACGAUGAGGCAGUGGGCAAAUCACCAUGGCCGAAUCGUCGGCACACCUUCCACUUCCCGCAAGACCAGCAUGAUGGUGGUCAGGUACCCGUCCCUGUUUGUGUAGAUGGAGGUCAGAGGAGGGGUCGGUUAGCUCCCAAUAGCUCCCAGUAGCUCCCAGCAGCUCCCAGCAGCUCUCAUGGCAACACAAUGUCUAUGAGCUCCUCCUCCUCCUCGGUGCUAGAGGGAGGACCAUAAAGAGGGGUCGGCUUGUCGUGUUUCGUGGUGACUUUCGCAGCUCGCUCCGAGUAGUUAAGCUUGAUCUAUAACCGAGAAGCCUUGAUACGAUGCCUCUUCACCCUCGUUCUGGCGUAGAGCUGCCCCGGCGCUCCUUCUUCGCCGUGUUUGCUUUUGUUUCGUUUGUGCUCCUCAUCACGAUCGGCCUCGCCACGCUCGGAGCUCACCCGGGCCCGACGUUGCGGUUCGAACGCAGCGACGAUGGGCAGUGGCGUGCCAAGGCCAAGACGCGUGCUGCGCCGGCCGGCGACAAGUAUCUCAUCGGCGUCGGAAAGGCCGACAUCACCGGUCCCGUCGUCGAGAUCGGCUUCGCGGGGUAUGCGGACCUGGCCCAGGUGGGCACGGGGCUGCGGCAGCGGAUCUACAGCCGCGCGUUCGUCGUGGGGGACGUGAGCAAGCCGAGCGACCGCUUCGUCUACCUUGUGCUGGACACGCAGAGCGGAGACACGGCGAUCCGGCGCGGCAUCAUCGAGGGCGUCCAGGCUCUCGGGUCGGCGUACUCUGUGUAUAACAAGAACAACAUUGCCGUGACGGGCACGCAUAGCCACGCCGGGCCGGGGGCAUGGUUCAACUACCUCUUGCCGCAGGUCACCAGCCUCGGCUUCGACAGGCAGAGCUACCAAGCCAUCGUGGACGGCGCCGUGCUGUCCAUCAAGAGGGCCCACGAGUCCCUGACCGAGGGCUACCUCGACGUCGGCACCACCGAAGUCACCGACGGCGCCAUCAACCGCAGCCUCUGGGCGUACCUCGCCAACCCCGAGUCCGAGAGGUCCAGGUACUCCUCCAGCACCGACACGACGCUCACGCUCCUCCGCUUCCAGCGCGCCUCGGACGGCAAGAACAUUGGCGUGCUGACGUGGUACCCGACCCACGGCACCUCGAUCCUGCAGAACAGCACGCACGUGGCCGGUGACAACAAGGGCGUCGCCGCCCUUCUCCUCGAGAAGGACCUCGCGGGCGACGCGAGCGCCGCGUCGGGCUUCGUGGCCGGCUUCAGCCAGGCCAACGUCGGCGACACGACGCCCAACGUGCUCGGCGCGUGGUGCGACGACGGCAGCGGGCAGCAGUGCAGCCUGGAGAACAGCACGUGUGCCGACGGCAAGAGUCAGUCGUGCCACGGGCGGGGGCCCGCGUUCCGGGCGUUGGAUCUGGGCAUCUCGAGUUGCUACGAGAUUGGGCGGCGGCAGUUUGCCGGUGCCAAGUCAGUCUAUAACUCGCUUGCUUCUUCCUCCUCGACACCGAUCACAGGCACGAGCGUCAAGUCGUUCCACUUCUUCCACGACAUGUCCUUUUUCAAAUUCACCCUCCCCGAUGGCACCACGGGCCAGACGUGCCCCGCGGCCUUGGGCUAUUCCUUCGCCGCGGGCACCUCGGACGGGCCCGGCGCGUUCGAUUUCACGCAGGCCGACUCGGGCGAUCCGGAUGCCAAUCCGCUCUGGGCGGUAGUUUCUGGCCUCCUGCGGACUCCCACGGCCGAGCAGGUCGCCUGCCAGCGUCCGAAGCCCGUACUGCUAGACGUCGGAGAGAUGAGCACGCCCUACGCGUGGAGUCCCAACAUUGUCGACGUGCAGAUGCUCCGCGUCGGGCAGCUGGUGGUCAUCGUAGCUCCAGGAGAAGCCACAACGAUGGGCGGGCGGCGGUGGAAGGAGGCCGUCAAGGAGGCCGCGAGGACCAUCAUCGACGGCGAGCCCGUCGUGGUGCUCGGCGGGCCCGCCAACACGUAUGCUCACUACAUCGCCACGCCUGAGGAAUACGGCGUCCAGCGGUACGAGGGAGCGUCGACGCUCUUCGGGCCCAACACGCUCCCCGCGUACAUCAACCUCACCGUCUCCAACAUCGGCCACCUCGCGCCCGCAUCGACGUCGACCCCGCCUGCGGGCCCCGCGCCCCCGGAUAACCGCGGGAACUCCCUCUCCUUCAUCACGGGCGUCGUCCAGGACGGCACGCCGAUCGGGCGCUCCUUCGGCCAGGUCCUGGCGCAGCCGGCGGCGUCGUACGCGCGCGGCGCCGUCGUCAACGCGACGUUCCAGGCGGCCAACCCGCGCAACAACCUGCGGCUCGAGGGGACCUACGCGGCGGUCGAGCGGCGGCUGCCUGACGGGACGUCGUGGGAGAGGGUCCGCGACGACGCGGACUGGUUCCUCGUGUACACGUGGCGGAGGACGGACUGGCUGCUGGGCCACAGCGAGGUCGUCCUCUCCUGGGAGACGGGCGGGGACGGCGCCGGGCCCGGGACGUACCGAUUCAAGUACUACGGGGACGCGAAGCCGCUGAUCGGGAGCGUCAGGGCGUUUGAGGGGACGAGCGCGAGCUUCACGCUGGUGUAGGUUGCGUUGGGGGGGGGACGUUUCUUGACUGGGUGUCUGGUGAUGUGUUCUGGUGAUGAUUCCGGUCUGUGUUUUGUACUGGGGCUAUUUUGCUAGUAUUUUUGCGUCUACCGGAGGAUUCAAUGGUGACGACUUACUUCGUGCCGAGUGUUUUCUUGACAAGCCAUCGCCCGUCGGCUUCUUUGCCCCUUCGUCCAUCCAUCCUAUAUAUAUAUACCUUGUGGACGUGGCUCACGUGAGGUAGAUGCCGAUCCCGGUCACCGCCGGCCCGGAACUGGCCCUAGGAUGCAAUGCGAGAGGGAGAUCUAGAUCUGUCCGGGCCUUUGAUUGGAUGUGAUGUGUGUUGGGCGGCGCACCGCCAUGCAGGUGAGAUGAGCGGCCCAGGCAGUGAGGGCAGACAGGGCAGAC